AUGGCUCCCUCCGCUAUCCCAACCCAGGAUGUCGACCUGACAGCCGCCAACAUCCAAGUCAAGGAGGCCACCCAGCCCACCAAGCCCACCACCGACGACGUCCUGCCUGCUCCCCUCGAUGCCUCCAAGCUCACCUACAACCUCACCAAGAACCCGCGGGAGGUCCCCGACGAGGCUGUCGCCAAUGCCAGCGAGCAUACCAUCUGCACUGACCACAUGCUCACUGCUACCUGGACCGCCGCUGGAGGCUGGGCUGCUCCCGAGAUCAAGCCCUACGGUCCCCUGAGCCUCAUGCCCACUGCUUCUGUGCUGCACUACGCCACCGAGUGCUUCGAGGGCCUCAAGGUCUACCGCGGCUUUGAUGGAAAGCUGCGCACCUUCCGCCCUGACCGCAACUGUGCCCGCAUGCUGCUCUCUGCCAGCCGCAUCUCGCUGCCCAUCUUUGACCCGGCCGAGCUCGAGAAGCUCAUCCUUUCUCUGCUCUCUGUCGAUGGACCCCGGUGGCUGCCCAAGGAGAAGCCCGGCAACUACCUUUACAUCCGUCCCACCCUGAUUGGCACCCAGUCCCAGCUCGGCGUCCAGGCUCCCCGCGAGGCCAUGCUGUACAUCAUCAUCACCUACAUGCCCAAGCUCGACAGCCCCGUCGGCGGCAUGCGUCUGCACACGUCUCCCGAGGACAUGGUCCGCGCCUGGGUUGGCGGCUUUGGCUAUGCCAAGGUCGGUGCCAACUACGGCCCUUCGCUGGCUGCCACUUCAGAUGCCCGUCGCCGCGGUUACCACCAAAUUCUGUGGCUGUAUGGCAAGGACGGCGAGUGUACUGAGGCCGGUGCCAGCAACUUCUUCGUUGUCUGGCAGCGCAAGGAUGGCAAGAAGGAGCUCAUCACCGCUCCUCUGGACGACAAGCUGAUCCUGGACGGCGUUACCCGCCGAAGCAUCCUGGAGAUGGCCCGCGAGCGUCUGGGCGACGAGCUGGAGAUUACCGAGCGCAAGUACACCAUUGACGAGGUUAUUGAGGCCGAUGCCGAAGGCAGACUGAUUGAGUCUUUUGCCGCUGGAACUGCUUACUUUGUCUGCCCCGUCUCCGCUAUCCACCACCGCGGCAAGGACAUCAACAUCCCCAUGGGCCCUGAAAACACUCCCAACGUCAUCACCUCCAAGAUCAAGACUUGGAUUGGCGACAUCAUGUACGGCAACGUUGAACACCCGUGGGGUGUUGUGAUCCCUGAGAAGCAGUAA